AUGGUGGAGCGGACGAAGCAGAUUGUUAGUUUCCUCCCAUCCGACGAUCAAAAACAUUCGGGCUUCCUCGGCCCUUCUCAGAAAGAAUUCUAUAUCUCACGGCGCUUCUCUGCCCCUUCGCUUACAAUGGGUCGAAUAUCGCUUGCCGUUCUCGCUGGAGUGGCCAUCUGCACCACGGCUGGCGCGACAGCAUGCUUUGCCAUGCUCUCUUGGAAUAUGUCGACUCUCCCCGCCAUCAGGGCCUCAGCGAUUGCCGCCGCGGCUCUCCAAGGCACCCUACUAAUAGUACUAGCUUUGUUCAUUUCAGCACGUAUGCUGGUGAAAAUGCGUCAAAUUUCACAGCCCUACACGGGUAUAGCUUUGUGUUUGGGAGUUUUGGCGAGCCUCGUCUCGGUCGCAACGGCCGCUCUUUCCCUGAUCUGGAUGGAGACGUCCAACAGCUACGAUGACCAAGUUCGUUCCAACCGGUCGUCAAAGGUCAUUAUUGUUUCAGUGAUGCUGGCCCUCGCUGUUACCAGCCAGAUUGCAUUCAUGAUUAUCCACUUUGCGCAAUCACAUCAGAAGCAGCCUGGUGGGCGUCCCCUGUUCGCUCCAAGGGAAGCUUCGCCGUGGUCACCAGCCACCUAUUUCAAGUCGAUUCGCUACAGCCAGACGUCACCACGGAAGAGUGACUCGGAGGAGUCGGCGUCUUUUGCCUUGAAAGACAGCCCGGCCUCGCUGCGUAACAAACUUGUGCAGACUAGCCCUCUCAAGAUCGCAUUUCCGCAAGCCGUUCGUCACACCUCGUCGCGAACAAGGCUGCUGCACGCCAAAGACAGCGCGCAAAGCUUGGCCAUUGAUACAAGCGUGCAUCCAAAUGCUACUCAGGAAAGCUUCGAUACUUGGGACACAUCAUCAGUGGAUGCGCAAAAUCGCCAGGCUGUAAUGGAAGUGUGCACAUCGCCCAUCAUCCCUUAUGCUCUGGAAACUAUUCCCGGUAGUCCCCGAGGUAGCAUCAGUCCCGAAAACAUGCUGUACUUUGAACCACCACGACCGAUUCUGAAGCGCAGCCGCAGUCACAGUCCGGCGACUGGGCGUCCAGCACCGCGUGGAAGAGCCCCAGUCAACCCCGACGAACUACACAUUCAUCCGCUGUUCCGAUCAGACUCUCCCAGUACGCCGCCCAUCCUGACGCCAGGAACGAGAGUUGUAGCCGCGCCCGAUGCUGGCCAAAUCCUUUUUCAUCAUGCUCCGAUGAGGUCACUCCCUCGCGUCCGUAGCGGGAGCCUGCCAACCAUGUCGCGCAGCUCGUUUGUUCAACACAUGGACCCCGCUAUGACAGGGGAACAGUUGCUCAAUAGAGAGAUUGCGCGGGAGCAGGAAAGGAAAAUGACGCCCCCCGUACCUGAAUGGGUAUUGAACAGCAAGUCUCUGUACAAAUCAGCCACCUACGGAGUAGAGACAGUUACAAUUGUGUGCAGCGCUGGUGUUCAACGGGGCUCCACCAGAGCUCAUCAGCUUGUAGUUGCGGCUUCGUCAUUGAGCGGGUGCCUGGACAGGACCAGCCCACAGUGGACGGCGAUAUGGCGGCGCGGCGAAUCGCAUCCUUGGUAUAAAAAGGAUCGAGACUGUGGCUCAGGUCUCGUGUACAUUGCAACGCCCUCCACACAGGUUAUGGUGGCAAUGCAGGAGCAAUGGAUGGCCAUGCGGUCUCCACCGCACACAGGCGCCAACGGCAUCCAGCCUGCCUCCACAUCAAAAACGCAGCCCAGGCCAAAGCUGGACCACGUCAAGCGCCAGCCCGCCAGUAACUUGUCUUUUGCAUACACCAGAGCCGACAGUCAACAGUCUGUUCCUCGCCAACCCUCGUCUUCUUUUCCUCCCCGGCAUCUCCACCCGCCGUUCUAUUCCUCGUAUACUGCGUCCAUUUAUUCCCACUGCCGCAGCCAUCCAGCUGCAACCACCAUACCCGCCAUGAAGGUUACCUUCCGAGCUGGGCCGGCCGCUGAGAGGCAUUCCGUGUCGUGGCCACCUGGCCGCCGACGCAUACUGAAACCACGCGAACCCAGAGAAGCUGACCACUGGCUCGCGCAGGAUCUCAAGCAGCAAAAGUUCACCCUCGAAGUCGAACCCGCCGACCUGAUCUCCGCCGUCAAAGAAAAGAUUUCUGCCGAAAAGGGAUGGGAUCCCAAGCACCAAAAGCUCAUCUACUCGGGCAAGAUUCUCAAGGAUGAGGAGACGGUUGCCUCAUACAACAUUGAAGAGAAAGGCUUCGUUGUCUGCAUGGUGAACAAGCCCAAGGAAAAGCCGGCCGCCGCUGCUCCCUCGGCCGUUGCCCCCCCUGCCACACCAGCCCAACCUGUCACGAGCACGCCCGCCGUUCCAGCAGCUCCCAAUCAGUCGUCCGCUAACCAAAGUACCGCACCUCCUGUCACACCGUCCCCCAACCGCAGCGCCGAUGCCGCGGCUCCUACCGGCGCCGACGCAGCCGGCCUCACCAUGGGCGCCGAGCGCGCCGCCGCCAUCACGAGCAUGGAGGCCAUGGGCUUUGAGAGAAGCCAGAUUGAGGCUGCCAUGCGUGCUGCCUUUAACAACCCCGACAGAGCCGUUGAGUACCUCUUGACUGGCAUCCCCGACAACAUCCAGCAGGAGCAGCAGGCUCGCCAAGCUGCUGCCGCUGCCUCGGCUGCCGCCCCGGCCGCCCCGGCCGCACCUCAGACGACACAGACCGGCGGCGACGAGGAGGGUGGCAUCAACCUAUUUGAUCUCGCCGCCCAGCAUGGUGGCACUGGUGGAUCUCGCGGCAGCAGUGGCGAUGCUGGUGGUGCCUCCGCCGACCUUGGAAAUCUGGAUUUCCUGCGCACGAACCCCCAGUUCCAACAGCUCCGCCAAGUUGUACAACAGCAGCCCCAGAUGCUGGAGCCCAUCUUGCAACAGCUCGGUGCUGGCAACCCUCAGCUUGCCCAACUCAUCGCCUCCAACCCUGAUGCUUUCCUUCACCUCCUGGGCGAGGAUGCUGAGGACGACGUCCCUCUGCCUCCCGGCGCCCAGGCCAUCUCUGUCACCGAGGAGGAGCGCGACGCCAUUGAACGUCUGUGCCGCCUCGGAUUCGACAGAGACCAGGCUAUUCAGGCCUACUUUGCCUGCGACAAGAACGAGGAGCUCGCUGCCAACUUUUUAUUCGACCAACCCGAAGACGAGCAGCCGCCCGCGAGCCAAUAA